AAAUUAUUGAACACGUUACGUUACAGGUUACAAGAAGGAAAUAAGUUUACAUAAAUACGUGCUGAUUAUUUAUCAAAACAUAACUUGUUAUGUUAUUGUUAUUAAAAACAUACAGGUGUUCUAUACAAUUUUAUUGAUAGUGAUGUUAUCUAACCAUACUUAUUGGACAUUCAACAUAUAAUUAUUGUGUAAAAUUACAUAAGAUUAGCAAAGAAGAAUUUUUUUACUCAAAUCAAAAAAAUGAAUGCUAGUGGUGAAAGGGAGGCUGCUACAACCUCCACAAAAAAUUCAAAUAUUCGUGAUAAAUAUGUGUUAGUGAGUCCAACAUCUGAACAAUACGAUCUAUUAGUUGAACAUAUUAAGAAUCUGUUAGCCGAUGGUCGAGGUGAAACAAUAAUUGAAGUAGGUGUCGGGGAAAAUGGAAACGAAGAUGGUUUAACAUCGGAUGAAUAUGCAGCAGCGCGUGCAACAUUACAAUCAAUUGCAACACAAUUAGAUGCAGAUUGUGUACAAUUACGUGAACGUAAAGUUGAUAAAACUGGUGACAAGUGCACUGGUCAACAUUUAAUUCGUUCACGAUGGACAACGGAUAAUACAGAUUUCUUAGAAAUACGUGUAGCUGUUGUUGGUAAUGUAGAUGCUGGAAAAUCAACCUUACUAGGUGUUUUAACACAUGGGGAAUUAGAUAAUGGACGUGGCCAUGCUCGUCAACGACUGUUUCGACACAAACAUGAAAUGGAAUCCGGACGUACCAGUUCCGUAGGGAAUGAUAUUCUAGGAUUUGAUAGUACCGGAAAUGUUGUUAAUAAACCUGAACAUGGCACUUUAGAUUGGGUCAAAAUAUGUGAGAAAAGUUCCAAAGUAAUUACCUUUAUAGAUUUAGCUGGGCAUGAACGAUAUUUAAAAACGACAGUCUUUGGGAUGACUGGUCAUGCCCCUGAUUUUGGUAUGUUGAUGGUUGGAGCUAAUGCAGGAAUUGUUGGUAUGACAAAGGAACAUCUAGGCUUAGCAUUAGCGUUAUCCGUUCCAGUAUUUGUUGUAAUUACAAAAAUUGAUAUGUGUCCACCAAAUGUAUUGCAAGAGAAUUUAAAAUUAUUAGUAAAAAUAUUAAAAUCACCUGGAUGUCGUAAAGUUCCUGUAAUGGUUAAAACACCCGAUGAUGUUGUAUUAUCUGCAACAAAUUUUGUAUCCGAACGUCUGUGUCCAAUAUUUCAAGUAUCUAAUGUAACUGGUGAAAAUUUGGAUAUGCUAAAGAUGUUUUUAAACUUGCUAACAACACGUAUGCCACAUACAUUGGAUGAAGAGCCAAGUGAAUUUCAAAUAGAUGAUACUUAUUCGGUACCUGGAGUUGGUACCGUUGUUAGUGGUACAGUAUUGCGUGGUGUUAUCAAGUUAAAUGAUUCUCUAUUAUUGGGACCAGAUCCAUUAGGACAUUUUCAACCAAUUGCAGUGCGAUCUAUACAUCGUAAACGAAUGUCCGUGAGACAAGUACGUGCUGGACAAACUGCUAGUUUUGCUUUAAAGAAGAUUAAGCGAUCACAAAUCCGAAAAGGUAUGGUAAUGGUGAAUCCAAUUAUAAAUCCACAAGCUUGUUGGGAGUUUGAAGGUGAAGUACUUGUGUUACAUCAUCCUACUACAAUCAGUUCGCGUUAUCAAGCAAUGGUACAUUGUGGAAGUAUCCGACAAACUGCAAGCAUUUUAUCAAUGUCUCAGGAUUGUCUAAGAACAGGUGAUAAAGCAUUAGUUCAUUUUCGUUUUAUAAAACAUCCAGAAUACAUACGUGCUGGACAACGUAUGGUAUUCCGUGAAGGUAGAACAAAAGCUGUUGGUAAUGUUAUCAAAUUAAUACCACACAUAAGUAAUACGGGUACAACAGUUACCACUGGUGGUGGAAAUCAUCCUAAUCAUAAUCGAUCAUCAUCUUCAAAGAUGAACAAAAUGCAAUCUUAUAAGCAACAGCAACGAGUUACUUCGAAUACAGCAAAUGCCGUUACAACCACGCCUACUAAAUAAUUACUUUUCAUAAAAACGCAGCAAUAUAGUGUCCAAUAUAAUUUUAUUACAAAUUUUGAAGGAUAAACUUUAUAAGGAAAAUAGUUCGUUUUUGACAGCUUCUUUUCAAUAAUAGGCCGACGGCUAAAAUAGUAUAUUUUGACAAUACCAAUUAGAUUUGUCAAUUGUAUGUUGUCUCAUGCAAUGACAUUGAUCCACAGUAACUCCAAACAUAGAAAAUCUUUUUUCCGAUGGAAAACUUAGAUUCUCCCAUCAAACAAAUUUACACAAAAUUUCAGCCAAAUUGGCUAGUUUUUUUUAAUAUGUUACAAUUUUUUUUACUCCUAAGUAAACAUGAGUAAAAAUAAUCACUCUGGGAAAGUUAUUAAUAUUUAGAAGUUAUAAAUAUUGAAAAUUAAAGAAUUUUACUGAUAUUACCUGGUUUUGUGCAUGAUUCUUUAAAAAAAAAAUAAUUUUUAGCUUGUAAAUUGUCUUAUUCGUUGCAUGCAAAACCGAAUUUAUUAUAAGUUCUAUGUUUUUUAAUUAUAUCAUUAUCAUGAUUUUUAACAAAAUGAAUUCAUCAUUCAUGUAAUAAUAUAGCAUAUAUUUUUAUAAUAAAUAGUACAAUUAUUUAAAAAUAUAGGCAAUAUUUUUACAUAAAUGAAGAAAUCAUGUUACAGGCCUUUUAUUCUAAAUUUUAUUGUGUUUUCUACAUGCACAUAAUAUUGGUUUUUACUCAUAGGAUGAGA